CAACACGCUUAUCCAGAUCUUCACACUCGGUGAUCGGGACGCUAAAGACAACACACACUGCAGAAUCUGCAUCAACUGGCUUCCCCUAUUUGGGACUGGACUGUCUAGUUAACUCCGAAAACAUUAUGCCUCCUUUGCACGCUUAUAGGCCCCAAUAUCGGCAGGCCAAUACACCUAGUUGACCUGUCCCUCAUUUCUACCCACCACAACUGGCGCCAUCCUCAGCUAAUGAAGCAGCAUGCCGCUAUCUAUCCCUUACCAGAGGCGUUGGUCGUACAACACCAAUGACUCAAAUGAGCUGCAAUUCCACUCAAGUCUGCACGAUUCAGACAACCGCCUUCUACACCUACUCCGAAAGCAAUAUAGAGAGCUGCGCUCCCACCUACCUGUAUAAGCCGACAGCUCAAACCGACCAACCCAAUAUCACCACUACAACCAUAAUUCCCCACCAUGGCCUCCCCCGCGCAAGCCAUCACGCUCGAAGAGCACGCGAUAUUCCCAUCCCUCGAAAGCAACAACUUCUUCUACGACAACACAUGGAAGAUCUACCCUGAAUGUCGUAACCUUGCAAAAGACCUCUCUAAAGCCCGUCUCGCCAACAUGGACGCCGGCAACGUCUCCUACCAGAUCCUCUCCCACCUUCCCGGCGGCGUCGCCUCAACCGACCCCGCGCGCUGCUACGCAGCCAACAACGAAAUGGCCGCCGCCAUAAAACAGCAUCCGGACCGAUUCGGCGGCUUCGCAGCGCUCCCGAUGGCCCACCCCCUCGAAGCGGCCAAAGAACUCCGCCGCACCGUCACCGACCUCGGCUUCCUCGGUGCCCUAAUCGACAACCACCUCCCGGACGGCACAACCCACUACGACGACAAAGGCUUCUGGCCCGUCUUCGCAGCCGCCGAAUCCCUCGACGUCCCCCUCUACAUCCACCCUUCCACUCCAUCCCAGGAUUCCAUCCAAUCCCGCUUCUCCGGCAACUAUCCACUCGCUGCAGAACUCGGUCUCGCGUCCGCAGCCUGGGGCUGGCACGAGAACGUAGGCCUGCACAUAUUGAAACUUUACGCGGCGGGGGUAUUCGAGCAAUACCCCAAACUCAAGAUAGUCAUCGGGCACAUGGGCGAGCUGCUCCCGAUCAUGUUGCACCGGAUCGCGAGAUUGGGGUUUUUCAAGGGGUUGGCGGCCUCGAGACGCAAGGGGAUUAUGGAUGUCUGGAAUGAGAAUAUUUGGGUCACGACGAGUGGGGUGUUUAGUGUUGAGACGUUGAUGAUGUUGUUGCAGGUUACGAAGGUGGAGAGGGUUAUGUAUAGCGUGGAUUAUCCUUUUGAGGAUAAUGUUACGGGCAAGGAGUUUUUGAAGAAGAUUAGGGAGUCGGGGAAGUUGUCGGCCCACGAGGUGGAUUUGAUUGAGUUUGGGAAUGCGAGGGAGUUUUUGAGGUUGGGGAGUAGAGCGUUUCUUUGAUUGGGUUGGGGUGGGGUGGGGAUUAGAGGGCUGAGGGAUGGAUGAGUGGCUGAGUAGAUGAGGAUAGAAUGGGUUAAGAUAUGGUAUAGAACAAGACCAGGGUCCUAAUGGGUGAAAUGGAAUGACGCAGUGCAAUUCGGUUCGUUGUGUAUUUGCUUCUUUACUGAUUUGUCAUGAACGGUCACACGCUUCCUUGAUAGAAGACACCGUCAUGGUCACACGGUACUAGUAUGCUCGACAUUGACGACCGAUACCCCCGUCUCCUCUGCUUUCUCCGUCUCGACUGUACCCUGCUUCACGACUACAUCCUCAGGCAGCAUUCCCAGGGCACGACCACCGAAGAGCAGAUCGAUCUCUUCGAGCGACUUCUGGUUUGUUUCUUUGAAGAAGAAGUAGACGGUUGGAAGGGUGAUGCAUACGU